CUCUCUGUAAAUUGAUUCUUCGUCUUUAUUGUCUUUCUUCUUGUCUUUUCUUUCUCAUAAAUCAUUUGGAAUUUUUUAUAAUACAUAGAAGAUACGAUUAUUCCAAUUUUGUUGAGAGUGAUUUUGUUUUCGUAUCAGAAAAAACGCGCCGAAUUCGAUUUUUUUUUUCUGGCGCUGAAACGACAAUGAGAUUUAUAUAAGAUACAGUUAGGAUUUCGUUUUUCUUGUUUUCACUUUAAAUCUUUCAUUAGUAUCGAAAACAGUUGAUCGAGAAGCUUACUGAAAUGGAGCUGGUUGUUACGAUUGUGUUAGUCGUCAUCGCCAUGCUAACAUGCGCCGGAACGUCUGUUUCUUCCGAUGAUCGCCUUCUGGUGAACAUGACCGUGGUUCGCAGCACUACGGUGCUUGGAGCUUAUUGCUUGGACGGUAGUUUACCAGCUUAUCAUAUACAUAGAGGAUUCGGCGCCGGAGCUCGCAACUGGCUUUUGCAAUUUGAGGGUGGUGGGUGGUGUAAUGAUAUCGAAACAUGUGCAGAGAGAGCUAAAACCCGUCGUGGAUCAACAAGACUAAUGAACAAAUUAGAGACAUUCUCUGGCAUUCUCAGUGAUAACCCCGUUCACAAUCCUGAUUUUUACAACUGGAAUCGUGUGAAGCUUCGAUACUGCGAUGGAGGAUCUUUUGCUGGGGAUAAUAAGUUUGACAAUGGGACAUUAGUUCUGUUUUUCCGAGGGCAGCGGAUUUGGAAAGCAAUUAUUGAAGAUCUUCUGCCAAAAGGCAUGAGGUUUGCUAACAAGGCUUUGCUUUCUGGGUGUUCAGCUGGGGGUUUAGCAUCCUACUUGCAUUGCAAUAACUUCACCACUUAUCUACCAAAUACCACCACUGUCAAAUGUCUGGGUGAUGCUGGAUUUUUCAUGGACUCACCAGAUAUCACCAUGAACCACACCCAGAGAACUUUCUUUCAGCAUCUUGUCACUCUACAGGGAAUAGAACAGAACCUGGAUGAGAAUUGCACGACUUCUAUCACUGAUCCCAAACAAUGCAUCUUCCCUCAGUAUCUGUUGAAGUACAUAACGCCUCCAGUUUUCAUCUUAAACUCCGCCUACGAUGUAUACCAAUUUCACCACAUAUUAGUUCCACCAUCUGCUGAUCCACGUGGACAUUGGAAUCAUUGCAAACUGAAUCCAAAAGAAUGCCUUCCUAACCAAAUAAGCGUUCUGCAAGCUUUCAGGGUUGAGAUGCUUACAGCUCUGAGGUCAUUCGUGUUCUAUUCAAGAAGAGGAGGAGGAACGUUUAUAAAUUCAUGUUUCGCUCACUGCCAAAGUGAAUCACAAGACACAUGGUUUGCACCCGACUCCCCACAAUUGCAUAAUCAGACAAUUGCGGAAUCAGUUGGUGAUUGGUACUUCGGAAGAAAUGUUUCUAUAAAAGUUGAUUGCCCAUAUCCCUGCGAUACCACCUGUCACAAUCUCAUUGGUGCUAACGAACACCAAUACGAUCAUGUUUAGUAGUAUACUCGAACCUCCCAUCAAAUCAGUGGAUUGAUUAUACAUACAAUACCUUCAAAAAGGAAUAACUUGGCAAUGGAAUGGAAGACACCAGAUACAGAUGACAACAACAGUAAUUACCAAUUAGAAUACACAAAUUAGCCCAUAUUAUAUUAUCAUUCAUUCUUCAAACCUCAAAAUAUGCUGUAAUUACUAAUUACAAUACACAAGUUAGCCCCU